CUCCCAACUCCCAAAAAAAAAAAUCGAAAAUUUGCACUCAAUCAAACAAACACAUAUCAUUCUUCAUCAUCCCUUCUCUCUCACUCUCUUCACUUUUUUUUUCCCUUUUCGUUUUCGCACCCAAAAAAAAAAAAAAAAUUCACUAAUCGCGUUCCUUCGUUUUCGUCCUCACUCUCAUUACUUUCACUGAUUCAUAAUCAACAACAAAAUCACCCUGAAAUUUACUAAUUACGAUUUUGUUUUUUUUUUUUUUUUGUAAUUUUUUUUUUGUGAGGAAGAGUGAGAAGGGGAAGAAUGUCGAAGAAGAAAGUGAGUGGAAGCACCAUGACGUUGAAGGACUUCCAUGGCGGUUCUAUUCCAUCUGAUCUCCCUCUCCCUUCUGCUCCCGGCGUAACUGUGAGGCCUUCGGAUCGUGCGCCUGCAUCGUGGGGAACACCGAUGGGGAGGCCGGAUCAUUGGUCUAGGCCCCACACGUCGCCUGCGACUAGGCAUUAUGAUGAUAAAUCGUUGUUUCUUCCACAUACUGCCCCGAUUGGUAGGAAUUUUGAUGAGGAUGAGAGAAAGCCGUUGGAUGGUAGUUCGGCUCCGAGGAGAACUAUUAGUGAUGAGAGUAUUCGUGCUCCUCUGCCUUCUCGUGUUGAGGUGAAGAGAAGCAGUUCAUUGAGCAGACAAGUGGGUCCUGUGUCCCCUGUUGGGAAUGUUAAUUCGUACUCGGCCAGGCUUACUGAGACAGUAGCAGUUCAUGGGGGAACUAAUUCUCAGAGUUUUGGAGUUAGUAAGGAACAUGGAUCGUCUACUGGUGGUGGUCAUCCAAAUGUGUGGUCGAUGAGGAAGGAGGUGGCAGGUGCUGUUGAGUCGGAACAAUCUGCUUGGUCUAGUGCUAAUGCUGUUUCCAAAUUGGCUCAUGCAAGUGCCCUUGAUAAGGUGUCUUCUGGCAGAUGGCAGUCAGUCCAUUAUCAGACAGACGUGGAGGUGAUUAGACCUUCUGAAGUGGAGAGUAGACCGCAUGCAUUUAUUAAUAGCAAUAGGAUAGAUACAGUGGGUGAAAAGGGGAAUUCUGAUGAAAUGCUAGCAAGACAUGCUGAAAGGGGUUUAGUUAUUGAUAACCAGAUGCAAGGUGGUAGGAAUGAGUUAUUCGAACAUGAAAGGUCUGGGGUUUCAAAAUAUUCAGAUGUACGACCGAGAAGUGCAGUGCAAUUUUCUGAUGGGAUUCAUUCUGCUCGAACUGAUAGCAAAGUAGUUGGCUCCGAAUCGCCACACCAUAUAGCUUCUGAACCAGUUGAGCGACCUAAACUUAAGUUGUUGCCUAGAACAAAGCCACUGGAAAGUUCAGAACCUCCUGUUACAGAACACACACAGGUAUAUCGUCAAGUUAAUGAUUCUAGCCAUGUUGAACCUGUUUAUCAGGGACAUGGACAUGGACAUGCCAAUUUUGUGAAGCCUGUUUCUGCUGGAACUGAGAGUGGGAAGGAUCUAGGACAGCGUCCAAAGCUGAAUCUGAAACCUCUGAAGCCCCGACCUGAGGUCCAUGAACAGUCAGAAGGAAACAAGGAAAGAGACAGGAAUGCUUUAUUUGGUGGAGCUCGCCCUCGAGAAUUAGUUUUGAAGGAGCGAGGGGUUGAUGAUGUUGCAAUAAAAAACUAUGAUGUGGUUGAGAGUCCAAAUCGGGUUGAACACAAUAUUCCGAGGUCCGAGAAACUUCAUGAUCAUUCGGUCCAAACUCGAUAUGGUGAAAAAACUGAGGAUGGUCUCAAUCAAAGAACAGGCAGAAAACCUGAAAGGAAGGAGCAAAAGGUAGAUGGCGACAGGGCUCUUGGACAGAGGAAGAAUUGGCGCAGCGGUGAUAAUAGCAAUAAUAAUCGGCGAAAUCCGAGGGAAACCGAAAGGCAGCAAGUCCCCGAGAGGCCCCCUUCACCUGAAACUUGGCGCAAGCCUGUGGAAUCAUCUCAAGGUGCUGGUGGCCCACGCUACGGUAGAGGAGCUUCAGCGGUUGAACUUGCCCAAGCAUUCUCAAAAUCUGUAUCGGACCCCAAAGUAAAUGAUCGGUUUUCAGGUCAAAGGGGCUUGAACUCUGGCAGGAAUCAAAUGCCCUUUUCACGGCUUGUUGGUCCUACUUCAAGGCCUCAGAUCAAUGGUUAUUAAGUCUUUGGUGGAAAAUUGGGACUCCUCAGAGACCUUUCGUUUUCUUCUUGGAGACAGCAUUUGUUUCAUGCAAACUGUGGAAUUGCUGAACAUUCCAUGGAGACAGCAUUUCUUUUCCUCUCUUUCAUGAACAUGAGUGAGAGGAUUAAAUCGGUUGCUAGUUGCAAUGCAAUUGUUAUGACGAUGUCUAUUUACAAUCGCCAUGUUUACUUGUUUUUAAUUCACUCGUAUCAUUCUCUAACAAAACACAAUUUAUUUGUUUUACUUCGUCUUUGUGGUCAGAGGAGAAAAACCGUGAUUAUAGCAUGUAAUUUGUUCUUUUUAGCUGACUAGUCUUGCUUCUAUCUUGGGUAAUUUAUGAACAUGAUUAUAGAAUUCACAUUCAAAAAUAAUUCUGUAGUUUUCAGCA